AUGUAUAUUCAAUUGAUCUUAAUGACUCUUAUUCUUCCCAUUUAUUAUUGUCAAAUAGAUUUUCAAACGAUCUGUCAAGCCGGUAUUCGACAAGAUAAUACAAAUUAUAUUCAUUGUGGUCGUAAACAAUUAAGUGAAAUUCCAAAUUUUUCUCGUACAACUAAUACAUUCUACGAUGAACUUGUUUUAAAUGAUAAUCAAAUUUCUGAAAUACGUCAAAAUGCAUUUCAAGGUCUUCGUGUAAAACGUUUAAAUUUAUCUGGAAAUAAAAUUCGUUCAAUCGAUAGUCGUGGCUUUAUUGAACUAGCAAAUUAUCUUGAAGAAUUAAUUAUUGAAUUUGAUUCUAGUGUUAACUAUGAAAUACCUGAUGCUAUAAAAUUUAAUUUAAUUAAUUUACGUUCAUUAAAAUUAAUAAAUCUUAAUUUAACAAUUAUUAGAAAUAAUACAUUUGUUAAAUAUCGUAAAUUAGAAGAAUUAGCUAUUACAAAAUCCAAUAUAAAAUCUAUUGAAUUCAACGGUUUUAAUUCAUUAACAACAUUACGUUCGUUGCAUCUUGAUCAAAAUCAAUUGAAUGAUAAUAUAUGGUCUGUUUUAAUGAAAUAUUUAUAUAAUUUAGAAAUUUUAACACUAAGUCAAAAUAAUAUAAAUUCUCUGAAAGAGAAUUUCCUAUUGAAAAAUUUGAAAAUUCUCGAUUUAUCAUCAAAUGGUAUACAAAUCAUUGAGAAGAAUUUUUUUGAAAAAAUUUCUUCUAUAGAAAAACUUUAUUUACAAAAUAAUGAAAUAAAUUCAUUACAAUUAACUUUUCUAACAAUAUUAAAUUCAUUAAAAGAAUUAAAUUUAGAUUUUAAUCGUUUAACUUUUUUACCCGAAAGUUUAUUUCAAUUUAAUACAAAACUUACUUAUUUAUCAUUACAAGGCAAUGAUUUAAAUUAUUUAACGAAUAAAUCAUUGCGUGGUUUGAAAAAUUUAAUCUAUUUAAAUUUAGCAAGAAAUCGUUUACAACUUCAAUCUAAUCAACAACCAUUUCAAGAUUUAAAUUCAUUGGAAAUAUUAAAUCUAGAUCGAAAUAUACAUUUAAAUCUAUCGAAAUUAAUAUUUCAAGGUUUAGAAACCAAUUUAAUGGAAUUAUCAUUACAAAAUUGUAAUCUAACAUCAAUUAGUUUACUAAAUAAUCCAUUUGAUUUAUUUCUUAAUCUACAACGCCUUAAAUUAUCAUCGAACAGUUUAAAAGAUCUACCGGAAGGUUUUCUAAAAAAUUCAAUUGAUUCAUUGAUAUCAAUUGAUCUACAAAGAAAUCUAUUUCAAUCGAUACCAAAUCUAUUUGAAAAAGAUUUUCCAUCAUCAAAAUUAACUGAUUUUGAUCUAAGUUCAAAUCAUAUAUGUACAUUGAAUAAAAAUGAUUUAUAUAAAUAUAAAAAUUUAAAAACAAUUGGCCUUACUGGAAAUCCUCUACACUGUAAUUGUCAUUUACGUUGGCUUAAACAAUGGUUAAUCAAAAAUUAUGAUUAUGAUUUAAUUAAAUUUCUUCAAUGGACAUGUGCAACACCGGUAAAUCUCGUUGGAAAACAAUUAACUGUCAUCGAUGAGCACGAUAUGAUUUGCUCUGAAAAUGAUUAUUCACAAUGUCAACAUACUGAAAAUUUACCUAUUAAAUCAACAAGUACACAAUUAACAUCUAUUAAAACUACAAGUAUAUCCUCAUCAACUAUAAUUGAUGAAUUAAUAAUAAAUGACAUAUCGUACAAUCCAAAUGGAAUGUUGACUAUAACAUGGGAAUAUUUAUUAUCUGUAUCACCGAAAUAUUUUCAUUUACAAAUUUAUGAUGAAAUCAAUCGCCAUAUUUUAUUACAACGUUUAAUCGAUGGUAAACAACGUUCGAUAGAAAUUGAUAUUAAAGAUUAUUUAAAAGAAUAUUCAUCUAUGUACAUGAUUUGUCUUAAUAUUCCACAUAAUAAAUAUUGUCGUAAUAUUCAAUUACAACAAGUAAAAUCCUCUUCACUUGUUAUAUCAACAGAUAAACAUGAAAACUAUCAAUCAUCACAAUAUUUCUAUCUGCUUAGUGGAAUAUUACUCGGAGCAAUAUUUGUUUGUGUUAUGCUUAUUAUUGUUUGUUGCUGGCGUAUACGUCAUUUAUCAAGGAAAAAACUGUCAAAUUCUAUUGAAAAAUCACCAACGAAUACGUUAUACCAUCCACCACCGCAUUCCUCUAUAUUUUAUCGUCCAUUAAAUAUUAUAAGUUAUCCCCCAAAACAACAACAACUACAGCAACAGCAACAACAACAACAAAGUUGUGAUACUAGUGAAUGUUCAAUGCAUUCAUCGACGGACACGAGUCAAUUAGCAAAUGAUUGUUAUCACAUAUAUCAACAAAUUCCACCUGUAUAUAAUUGUCAAAUACAUCCGAUCAGAACACAUGUUCUAGUAUGA